AUGUACUAUCCGCAGGAGCUGACACAGCCACGACCACGUCGCCCGCUUUAUGGGAAUUACAUCAAUGAAACUGCUCCACGUCAUCGAAACGUCGGGCGCUGCUGCAAGGAGAGCAAGUUUCUAAAGCUAGUAACCCCCUAUCUUAAGGAAUACUGUUCUUCUUCUUCGGUGCAUGGGAUUCGAUAUUUGACGGAUCCAAAACUGCGUAAUUUUGAAAGGUUGAUUUGGCUACUGAUUUUGGUAGGCACCUUUAUAUGCGCCACAAUUGUCUAUGUUGACCUGACCGAGCUAUACAACUCCGCGCGUGUGCACACAACCAUCGAAGACAGCAUGCUGCCGAUAUUCUAUGUGCAUUUCCCAUCUGUGGGCAUUUGUCCACGCAGUCGCAUCAAUUGGCCCAGAUUGCAGGAAGAGGUCCCAGCUUACUUUAUGGGUACCAAUGCCACCGCAGAACAAAAAGAGCUCUUUAAAAGCUUCUUUACAGCCGUCUCUGCUUUGCACUUCAAUGAUAUGCGGAGCCUGGAGAGCUUCUUUAAGAACUCGUCCCUUGCAGCAAGUAUCAGCCAGUUGGAUGGAUUGGAUGUGACAAAGGUAUUGGAAUACAUGAAUCUAGAUUGCGGCGAUUUCUUUUUGGAUUGUAACUGGCGCGGCAGGCCGCACAACUGCUGUGAGAUUUUCGAAAUGCAACGCACCGAAUUGGGAUUUUGCUGGGUCUUUAAUUCGGCAGUUAGUGCACAAAUGCGACAACGGCAGAGGGAAGACAAGUAUUACCCACGCCGCACUGCACAAUCUGGCCCCGGCACUGGCCUACAAGUAGUCAUGGGCCUAAACAAAACACUAGCUAAGCCUGGAUUGCGUGGUGUAUACGUUAUGGUAAAGCAGCCGCAACAAUGGAGCGAGGCAGCACGCUUGGUGCCACACGACUCUCACAACAGAAUCAGUGUGAUGCCCCGCUAUACUGGUUCCGAUUCAAGAACUCGAGUCCUCACGGCAAGAGUAAGACGUUGCAUUUUCCCUGAUGAAAUUCACGAUCCGCACUACAAGAAUCUACCGGGCUUUGUUUACUGGCGUGGUAACUGUCGCACAAAAUGCCACCAGGAGCAUGUGAUUGACCUGUGCAAGUGCUCACCAUCUCUGCUCUUUCCCCGCAGUCAGGGGGAUAACUUAACGGACUGCAAGGCCUCUGACUAUAAAUGUCUUUACGAACACAGAUUGACCUUUAGCGUGGAGCGCCUUCCUCUGGAGCAGCAAUACGUGGAUAACGUGUACAAGGAUAGCAUGAACUGUGACUGCCUAAACAGCUGUUCGCAGCUGGUUUACGAUACCAUCUUCAGCAACAGUGCUAUGGACUCCCAAGAACUAAAUGCUGAUGUUAUUAGCAUGCACUUGGAAGUCUUCUUUCAAUCACCUUGGUUUAUCAAAUACCAGACUCAUAUGCGGUUCACUUUUGUGGAACUUCUGGCUAGCUUUGGCGGCAUUAUUGGUCUAUUUCUUGGCGCCUCGCUCCUUAGCGCAAUAGAGUUGGUCUACUACUUUACCAUUGGCCUCUAUUUAUAUUUAUAUCGCGGCAACAGAGAGUCCAAUCAGCACCCACUAACACCACCACCACCAGCUCCCAUCACACUGCACUUCCGCCGCAAGAUAACACCUAAAAAAAUGUUUAUUGAUAUCAAAUAA